CCAGGCCAGGCGGCCGCGGGGCAGCAGGUGCCCAGGGCUCGCCCCGCCCUCCGGCUGCGCAGCCACCGGCGGAGCCCACCUGGCCCGGGCCCCGCCCGCCCGCUCGCCCGCCCGCCGCGCAGGAAGUGGAGAGGGCGGAACCGGCCGGACGCGGGGCGCGGAGAGCCAGCGGCGCUGCAGGCUGCGCCGGCCCGGCCGCCCCUCGGCGCGCACAGAAUUGGAAUUAAGACCAAGAGGUGGCACCUUUAAUCACUGAGGACAGCAGGUUUCCAGCAGGGCGGCUCCACGCCAGAAGUGUGGAGGACCCCCGCCAUCACGAGGCCUCCUCUGCACCCCCAGCAUGUCCCAGAGACAUUCUGACAGCUCUUUGGAUGAGAAACUACUGGAAUAUCGCUUCCAUGCCGAGCUGCGGCUCGACGCCAAUGGGAACCCUGUGCCAGGGCUGCCCAUGGUCCGGAGCUCCUUGAGAGCCAGAACCAAUGCUGCCUUUGAGCCCGAAGCCUCAGAACCCCUACAGCUGCCUCCAGGAGAUGAGGAGCCACAUUCCAUCGUCCUCAGCACACAGAGCCCCGCAGCCCUCAAGAUGGGCACCCAGCAGCUCAUCCCUAAGAGUCUGGCCGUGGCCAGCAAGGCCAAGAACACACCGGCCCGCCACCAGAGCUUUGGGGCAGCCGUGCUCAGCAAGGAGGCCGCGAGGCGGGAUCCCCGGCUCCUCACAGCCCCCAGCUUCUCCUUGGAUGACAUAGAUGUGGACACUGGUGCAAAUCUGAAGAGAAACCUGAGGACCCAGUCCUACAGGGCGGCCAUGAAAAGCCUGGAGUCAACUGGCAGCAAGGGGGACCCAGUCCAGCUCGGUCCCAGGCUCCAGGCCCUCGCUGAGGAGACCGCUCAGCCUCCUGCCCGGUGCCCAGCCAAAAACAAGAAAACUCUGGGGCGGAAGCGUGCGCACAAGGGCUCCUUCAAGGAUGACCCCCAGUUAUACCAGGAGAUCCGGGAGCGGGGUCUGAACACCAGUCAUGAGUCUGAUGAUGACAUCCUGGAUGAGCCCUCCAGCCCAGGGGGUCCUCAGAGAGCGGACACCACCAUUGUGGUCAAGAGCUACCGACCCGCCCAGCUCACCUGGAGCCAGCUCCCAGAGGUGCUGGAGUCAGGUGUCCUGGACUCACUGUCGAUGGAGGAACGCAAGAGACAGGAGGCCAUCUUCGAGAUCCUCACGUCUGAGUUCUCCUAUCUGCACAGCCUAAACAUCCUGGUGACAGAGUUCCUGCAGUCCCAGGAGCUGAAGGCCACCAUGACACAGACAGAGCACCAUCACCUCUUCUCCAACAUCUUGGACGUGCUGGCGGCCAGUCAGAAGUUCUUUGAGGCCCUGGAGCAGCGGCACAAGGCACAGGUGUGUGUGGAGGACAUCAGCGACAUCUUGGAGGACCAUGCUGAGAACCACUUCCUCCCUUACGUGGCCUACUGCUCUAACGAGGUCUACCAGCAGCGCACCCUUCAGAAGCUGUCGAGUAGCAACACAGCCUUCCGGGAGGUGCUGAGGGACAUCGAGAAACGGCCCGCAUGUGGGGGCCUGCCCAUGAUCUCCUUCCUGAUUCUCCCCAUGCAGAGGGUGACCAGGCUGCCACUCCUGACAGAUACACUCUGCCUGAAGACGCAGGGCCAUCCUGAACGGCAUAAAGCUGCCAGCCGUGCCCUGAAGGCCAUCAGCAAGCUGGUGAAGCAGUGCAAUGAGGGGGCCCACAAAAUGGAGCGCACAGAGCAGAUGUACACACUGCACAUGCAGCUGGACUUCAGUAAGGUCAAGUCCCUCCCACUCACCUCCUCCUCUCGCUGGCUGCUGAAGCGUGGAGAGCUCUUCCUCUUGGAGGAAUCCAGCAUCUUUAGGAAGAUUGCCAGCCGGCCCACAUGCUACCUGUUCCUGUUCAGUGAUGUCCUGGUUGUCACCAAGAAGAAGAGUGAGGAAAGCUACCUGGUCCAAGACUACGCCCAGCUAGACCACGUGCAGGUCAAGAAGCUGGAGCCCUCGGAGUCCUCGCUGCCAGGAGGCAGCAGCCGCAGCUCCUCCGUGCCCCACCCCUUCCAAGUGACCCUGCUCCGCAACAGUGAGGGCCGCCAGGAGCAGAUACUGCUGUCCUCUGACUCAUCGAGUGACCGGGCCCGCUGGAUCACAGCGCUCACCUACAAGGAGAGACAGUGGCACGGCCUUGCCAACAAAGGAGAACUGCCCCAGGUGGAGGUCACCAAGGCAUACUUUGCCAAGCAGGCUGAUGAGAUCACACUUCAGCAGGCUGACGUUGUCUUGGUCCUGCAAGAGGAGGAUGGCUGGCUCCAUGGCGAGAGGCUUCGCGAUGGGGAGACAGGCUGGUUUCCCGAGAGCUUUGCCCACUCCAUCACCAGCCGUGUGGCCGUAGAAGGCAAUGUGCGCAGGAUGGAGCGCCUACGGGUGGAGACAGAUGUGUAGCCGGACAGCGCAGCGGCCAAGCCAUGGCGGACACAGCCUCAGUCCUCCGACCAGCAAGUGGUCCUGCCUGCCUCCAAGGAAUGAAGGGGUUUGUCCCAGGACGCCGCUCCAUGCCUGGGCCUUCCCACGGCCUCAUGGCUGAAGGCAGCGCACUGAAUGUCUCUAGAUUCCACUGCUCCAGGGACCCGCAUUCUAGGAGGAGCUCAGCCUGGCCUCUCUCUGGCCCCAAGGCCUCAGCCUAAUAGCAUGUAAAGCAGGGCUGCUGCCUUCAUUGAAGACUACAUAGCACCACCUCCCAGAUGCACCCCUCCUUCCCAUGUUCUGGUAGAAGGUGACUGGAGGAGCCAGCAGGGAUUUCAGUAACAUUAAAGUAUUUCUUUAAA